AUGACCUUUCUAAGUAGAUUGUCGAGUACCGAUGCCAAAAGGCAUUUUUCUGGCUCGCAAAGUGUGUGCAAGAAGUUGAACAGAUAUUCAAACAUCAUCACCGAACCCAAGGAUCAGGGUGCCUCGCAGGCUAUGUUGUACGCUACUGGAUUCAAUCAGGAAGAUUUUGAGAAAGCCCAAGUUGGUGUGGGUUCAUGUUGGUGGUCUGGUAACCCUUGCAACAUGCAUCUGUUGGACUUUAACCACCGCAUUACUGCAUCUGUGAACAAAGCAGGUUUGAAAGGUAUGCAAUUCAAUACAAUUGGUGUGUCGGAUGGUAUUUCCAUGGGUACUAAGGGUAUGCGUUACUCUUUGCAGAGUAGAGAAAUUAUCGCUGACUCUUUCGAGACCAUCAUGAUGGCCCAACAUUACGAUGCCAACAUCGCCAUCCCUUCGUGCGACAAGAACAUGCCCGGCGUUAUGAUGGCGUUUGGUAGACACAACAGGCCCUCCAUCAUGGUGUAUGGUGGUACCAUCAUGCCCGGAAACCCCACUUGUGGUUCCAGCAAUAUUCCCAAGAAUAUCGACGUCGUUUCGGCUUUCCAAUCCUACGGUCAAUAUUUGUCCAAGGAUUUCACCGAAGAAGAACGCUUAGAUGUUGUACAGCACGCUUGUCCAGGUCCAGGUUCUUGCGGUGGUAUGUAUACAGCCAAUACAAUGGCGUCGGUUGCCGAGGUGUUGGGUUUAACUUUGCCAAACACUUCCUCGUUCCCCGCUGUCUCCAAGGAAAAAAUGGCCGAGUGCGAUAACAUUGGUGAAGCUAUCAAGAAGACCAUGGAACUUGGUAUUCUUCCUCGUGACAUCAUGACCAAAGAAUCUUUUGAAAAUGCUAUCAGAUAUGUGGUUGCAACUGGUGGCUCUACGAACGCUGUCCUUCACUUGGUUGCCAUUGCGCACUCUGCUGGCGUUAAGAUUACUCCCGAUGACUUCCAACGUCUCAGUGACAGCACUCCAUUGUUAGGUGACUUUAAACCAUCAGGCAAGUACAUGAUGGCUGACCUUUACAAACUUGGUGGUACCCAGGCUGUGAUCAAAUACAUGUACGAACAGGGUUUGUUGAAUGGUGACACCAUUACUGUCACUGGUGAAACACUGGGAGAACGUGCUGCGAAGGCCGUUGGCCUACCAGAAGGCCAAGAUGCCAUGAGACCAUUAUCUUCCCCUAUAAAACCCCAAGGGCAUUUGCAGAUCUUGUAUGGGUCGCUUGCCCCAGGUGGUUCCGUGGGUAAAAUCACCGGUAAAGAAGGGACUUAUUUCCAAGGAAAAGCCCGUGUCUUUGACGAAGAAGCAGGCUUCAUUCGCGCAUUGGAGAACGGAGAGAUCAAGCAAGGUGAGAAGACAGUUGUCGUUAUCAGAUACGAGGGUCCAAAAGGUGGCCCAGGUAUGCCUGAAAUGUUGAAACCUUCAUCCGCUCUAAUGGGCUACGGUCUGGGUAAGGAUGUCGCUCUGUUGACCGACGGUAGAUUCUCAGGUGGUUCUCAUGGCUUCUUGAUUGGCCACAUCGUUCCAGAAGCUGCUGAGGGCGGUCCAAUCGGUUUGGUGAGGGACGGUGACAUUAUCACCAUCGACGCCAACAACAACAGGAUCGAUGUUGACGCUUCGGAAGAAGAAAUGGCCCAACGUAGGGCCGAGUGGACUGCCCCCGCCCCUCGUUAUACAAGAGGCACCCUUGCCAGAUAUAGCAAAUUGGUUUCUAACGCUUCUCUCGGCUGUGUGACUGAUGCUUAA